AAUUGCUCCAGCUGCCCUGACUAUCAAUAUCCUCUCCCUUGCGAGAUUUGCCUGCCAUUGCUUCAAGGUGGUCAAGAAAACCGUCCAAAAUUAUGGAGAAAAUUCUUUCCACCACAGGCAUCAUACCUGAGAGGAACUUUGACCUGUAGAUUUUUCGCCAUCAUAUUUGAAAAACUGGAAACUUUCCUCCAGACUUGUGCCUCAUCCGCGUUAUUGCGACCACCUAAAGAACUCCACCAUAUAGGGGGGAAAGCUUUUGCUUUAUCUCUCCACUGCAACUUAUGGAAGUUCCAUCUAUGUGAGCUUCUGGUUUGUCAAUGAGGUGGCCUUAGAAUAGUUGACGAAUAGGAAUGUGCCACUAUAA